AUGGUUAUAAAUUUACAAGAUCAAUUGUUCUUUGAUAACGAUUUAACGUAUGACCAUUUAAUGUUUAUUCUUAAUUAUGGUGAUACUAUUGAAAAUAAAUUUCUUGAUAUACUAUUUGAUCAAAUUAAUGAUUUAAAUCUUGAUGAAAAUAUUCGUGGUCAAUUAAUAACUAACAUUUAUCUAUUUAGUUCACGUUUUUUACCUGUUAAUAUACAUACAAAUAUAAAUCGACGUUAUUUUAAUUAUAAUUCUACUGAAAUAAAUCAACAUGAAUAUGAAAAUAAUAAUAAUAAUAAUUCAAAUUGGAACUGA